UAACAAUUUGGCUAUAGCCUAGUAUCAAGGAUCUAACUGGGUGAAUGAUAUUAUUAAUAAGUAAUGAUUACUUUCUCUUGCUUCUGGUGGUGAGCUUAUGUUUGAUUCUUUGCGUUUACAUGAAUCCUACUUGAAGUUGUGACCAAGUAAUCCUCUUUUCCACAACUCCUCUUCUUAUCACUCUUGUCCUUGUCAUAAUCAUCGUCCCUUGGCAUUUCAUCAUCAUCACCAUGCGUCAGCAUACAGAAACCAACCCUUAUUUUCUCCCACCUCGGUCGCCAACACCAACACCAACACAAAAACCACAGCGUGAGCAUGGAGGUCAACAAAACCAACCACUUUCUCCACCACCAUCAUCACUGCACCCACAAACCCAACCGACAGGGAUCGUACCUCCUCUGAGUCACCAACAGGCAGAAACAAACUUCCCAUGGGUCUGGCCAUUAAAGAAAAAAGGGAAACCGAAGCAUCAUGAUGGACGUAAAGAUUACCAGCAGCAACCACUAGGUCCAUGGGUGGCAUUGGCAUCACCACAAGGAAGCCAAGACACACAAUCAACCCAUUCACAUGGGCAGGAGCCUGUACAACCUGAACAUGCACAGCCCACACAACCGCCAAAGCGUCAACAGCGUGGGCGCCAACAUCCUCAACAGGAGCAACCACGUCAACGCCCUUUUGUUAGGCAACAGCCUCGUCGAACCAAACUACCUACAUGGUUUCUAGCAGUCAUUUGUGCAUUCUUUUGGCUAGUCAUUAUUCUAGGAGGCCUAAUUGUCCUAAUAGUCUAUCUUGUGUUUCGCCCGCAUAGCCCAAGUUUUGAAGUGUCUAAUGUCAGCUUAAAUGCAGCAUAUCUGGACGUGGGCAGUUUGCUCAAUGCUGAUAUCACUGUGCUGGCUAAGUUCAUAAAUACCAACAAGAAAGUAAGGGUGGACUUCAGUUACGUAGUCCUUGAUCUUUACUAUGGAAACACCCUGAUUGCCUCUCAAUAUAUUGAGCCUUUCACAGCAGCAAGGCUUCAGACAAGGCUUGCCAGUGUUCAUAUGGUAACCAGUCAGGUUCAGCUUCCCUUGGAUGAAACCCAACGGUUUCAGAAGGAAAUAGAGAGAAAUGAAAUUGUGUUCCAAGUCAAGGGAGUGUUUCGGGCAAGAUCUAAUCUGGGAAGUUUCCUUCGCUACUCGUAUAAGCUGUAUGGACAUUGCACAAUUGUUGUCUCUAAUCCUCCUGGUGGAGUCUUAAAAGGUGUCAAAUGCAAAACUAAACGUUGAGAAGGAGAAGUAUACAUUUCUGGAAGAACUGCAUUUUUUAUACUUGUUUUAUACUCAUACGCAUAUGAAUUUAGAAUUAAUUUAUCAGUCUUUUGAGAGUGGAUGCUUAUAUUCUCUUUUUCAUCUUUGUAUCAGACGUUCCUUUGCAUAAUCUUAAAAAGCAAAUCUUUCUUCA